UCUGCUUAUGUCACCAACUGAACCAGAAUGUUCAUCCCCUCAACAUACAAACACACACACUCAUGUAAUGCUCGCUGUCACUCACCAUAUCUUACCUCUCUCUCUUCGACAGCAACAGAAACUCACACAGACACACUGAUCAAACACACUCUGCUGCACUUUACACACCAACCAUUCGGACGUAGCAGAGGUACCUGGGGCUGCUGUUCUCAGUAUGGCAAACAAAGCCGAUGUAAAGGCCAUGAUGGCUCGGUUCCAAGCAGGUGGGGUCAACACUGACGAGUCUUCGUUCACACCGCCCGGACGCAUCAAACAACCUCUUAACCCCACCCUCUCCUUCGGCCCCACCAUACCCACAAAGAAACCCGUCCAGGAGACCUUCUCAGGCGGUUCCAUAAAUACUCCUCCUAAACCCUCUUAUCUGAAAAACACAGCAACAAAUAAAAGUGACUCAGAGGUAAAUGAUCCAAACGUUGCUAAAGCCCCAGCAAGCAGGUUUGCCAGCACCCAGGAUGAUUCCAACAGCAACAGAAAACCUUUCGCCGUUAAUAAACAGCAGCCAACCUUGAAGUCACCUUUUUUACAGUCUUCUGAAGCUAAAGGCCCUCUACAGAAGCCUCCCCCCUUCAACAAGCCCCCACUGAGCUCCACCCUGUCUGACCCUAAACCUACCUAUCCUAAACCCCCCCCACCAUUGAACUCCAAGCCCAGCUGGGUGAAACAAGACAGCGGUGGAGGUUUACAACCAAAACCGAGCAGCAGCAUUGGAAAGUUAAUGCAGCAAAAUGAAGAACUGGCAGGAGCUGGCCUCAACACUGCGAACAAACCUUCACCUUCGGCAAACCUUUUUAAGCCCCCGAUCAACUACAGGACUGCUCAGAAUACCUUCAACAAAGAGUCAGAUAACGGCCAGGUAGCAGAUGACAAACCGUCAAACACCACCACCAACUCUGUCCCUCCUCCAAAACCUCUAGCCAGUAAAAAACCCAGCAUCAAAAAACCUCCAAAGCUUUUUCCUCAGACAAGCAGCAUUACCAAUGAUGCCACUUCAGGCCCCAAGAAAAACCCCCUCCCCAACAGUUUAGCGUUGGGCCCUGCUCCUGCCAAACCCAACCGACCCCCUAAAGUCGACCUGGAGAGCUUUAAAAGAGGUGCUGUGGCCUCUGAUAAUGGUCCUGGCAGCUUUAAGAAACCAACCCUCCCGAUUCCUUCUCACGCCAGUAUCCAUAGCAACAACAUGACCCCACCUCAACCCCUUCAGCCUGCAGUUCCCAGGCUGCCCCCCGGACACCCUGGAGCCAUGAUGCAGCAGGGUGAGUUCCACGAGGAUCCCCCGCCUCUACCACCAUCUACAGGUCAUCCCAGUCAGAGAGCAAAGGAGGAAAAUGUUGAUCAUGAUGAUGAUGAAGACAUGUAUGAGGAUCUUGAAGACCGAUGGGAGGAAUCUGAACAAAAACAAGACAAGCAGAGAGAGAAAGACGAGAAGGAGGAGAAAAAACAAUUGGAGGCUGAGAAAAAGCAGCAGAAGAAGGAACAAGAUGCCAGAAAGAAAUAUAAAUUGGUUGGCUCCCUGGACGUCAUCCACCAGGGGAAGGCGUGUGUGGAUUGUAAAGGGAGUAAGACCGACCUGGCUCUGAAGCAUGGAGACUGCCUGGACAUCAUCCGUGUCAUGGGCAACCCCGAGGGGAAGUGGGUGGGUCGACUGCAGGAUGGAUCCAUUGGUUAUGUGAAGACCACUUCAGUGGAAAUUGACUUCAACACUCUGAAGAGGCAUAAAUCUGAGCCGGCAUACGACCCCGAAGUAUACGACGACAUCGAUGUGAUGUCUUCUGAUAACAGUGGAAUGAAAAGACCAGGAGUUGUCCUGCCCCCACCUCCAGGAGACGGAGAAGAAAUAUAUGAUGAUAUUGAUCCAAACCUGGACGUCAUUCCCACGGACUGCAGGUCUUCUCCUAAGAAGCCUCGUAGCUUCCUGCAGAUGUUUGACCGGAACAGACGUCUAUCCAGCACUAAAGAAAUGCCUCCACCAGAACAGUUCAAUGCGGAGGGGAAUUCAGCAAUUGAUGAGGAUAUAUACGACGAUGUUGACUCUCAAAGUGGGCCUCCCGUUCCUCCGACCAUCAGCAGCCUUCCACCACUAAAAGGCAGAAGCAAGACUCUAGACAUGGACCCAAAAAAGCAGAAAAAGUUUGAGAAAGAGGAGAAGGAAUUCAGGAAAAAGUUUAAAUAUGAAGGGGAGAUACAGGUGCUUAACCAGGUGACCAUCGCCCCGACACUGACGAAUAAGAAGUGGAGUGGGAAGGAGCUCGCAGUCAGAGCAGGAGAGAAACUUGACGUAAUUGUUAACGCCGUGGAUAACAAACUGAUCUGCCGGAACGAUGAGGGGAAAUUUGGUUAUGUUUCGACCGGCCACAUAUUUACGGAUGAUGGUGAUAUCUACGAUGAUAUUGGAGAUGAUUGCAUCUAUGACAACGAUUAGAACCAUCGCACUGGGUUUAUAGUUUCACACUCAUACUGUUCAUGUUAUUUAUUAAUUUAAUUAAUUAGACCAAAUUUCAAAUGUUCUCUUAAAUAUUUAUUUAUCAACAUUUGAGUCACAGAAUAGAUUAGACAUGUGGGCGAUGUUUCAGAGAUCUGGAAUUUGGCCAGCUUAAUUUCUUAAAUGUCAUCCUUUAAAUGUAGUUUUCUUCAAAAACACAAAACAAACUAUUGGAAUAAGGUUACUUGCAACUUUUCAGCAAAAUGGGAAACAUUUGUAACCAAACAGUAUUUUCGUUAAGCAUUUAAAAACUCCACAGCACUGUAUUUACAUGUAUGCUUCUAUUGUGCUCUGUAAUUUGGUAGGAAGAUCUACAUGUUUUAAACAUUAUUGUUUUUCUGUUUUUUAAAUGAUGUCCAUAAUAGGAUACUGUAUAUUCCAUUCCUAACUUUAAGGCCAACUGGCAUUUUAACAGCUCCGUAGUUAACUCUGUUGUCUUUGUCUCAAAUUUUAACAUGUAGAAUAAACAACUGUUGGUGCCAAAAUGUCUCUAUUGUACUGUACAUACAUUUAUAAAAUACAUAUUGAUUUUUGUCUAAA